AUGGCAACCCCACUAUACAUCCUCGUCACAGGUGCUACAGGCUUCAUUGGCGCCCACGUAGUUGACGAACUUCUCCGCCGCGGCCAUCGCGUCCGCGCAGCAACACGCUCCAUCCAAAAAGGCGAGCUAAUGAAGAUCUCCCGCCCGCAAUACGCCGCCCAGCUCGAGAUUGUGCAAGUAUCCGACUUUUCCGCAUCGGCAUCUUUCAAGGACGCCGUGCAAGGCGUCGACGGUGUCAUUCACGUCGCGAGUCCCUUCACGUACAACACCACCGACAACGAGAAAGAGCUAGUCAAACCGGCUAUCGCGGGCGUGAAGGCCGUGCUCGAGGCCGCAGCGCAAGAGGAGAAGGUGAAGCGAGUGGUGAUUACAAGCAGUUUUGCUGCGAUUCUGGAUGUGGACAGGAAGGUGCCGCCACGGUUUACUUAUACAGCUGAGGACUGGAAUCCGCUGAGCUAUGAGGAGGCUGUGGCAACAGAAACGAGCGCGGUAGUAGCGUAUCGCGGGUCCAAGAAGUUCGCGGAGCUGGCGGCUUGGGAGUUUGUCAAAGAACGCAGGCCUGCGUUCGAUAUAGUGACAUUGGCUCCGCCAAUGACGUUCGGGCCGAUCGUUCAUCCCAUUGAUCGUCUUGCAGAUCUAAAUGAAAGCAAUGCGAUGUUAUGGGCAGUGGCUAGCGGGAAGGCAUUGCCUGUUGCGCGCGUACCGUUCUGGGUCGAUGUGAGGGAUCUGGCGGUUGCCCACGUGGAGGCGCUUUUCAGGCCUGAGGCGGGCGGGAAGAGGUUUGUGGUUGCGAGUCCGGAGAAGUUUUCUUAUGGGCUAGUGAAGAAAAUUGUGGAGAGAGAGUUCUUAUGGGGAAGGAAGAGGGUGGCACAGGGGGAGCAGGAGGUGGAUGAUAGCUAUGAUUUGGAUGGAGAAGCGGCGGGGAGGGAAUUGGGCGUGAGGUAUCGGAGUUUCACAGAGACGGUUAAAAACUUUGUGGACCAGGCUUUGAACAUGGAGUACAAUGAAAAGAGAUGA